AGAUUUCAUGAAGACUGAUCAAGCAGAUUUAAGAAUUAAAAUAGUACAAGUAAGAGUAUUCUGGUACUUAUGUUGUGGUUGAACAUUAAAGCAGUCCAAAAUGUUGGAUAAGUUGAUAUGCAAUCUCCUCAACAAGGUGUUGGGAACCUAUAUAGAAAAUUUAGAUGGCUCCAACCUGAAGCUAAGCUUAUGGAGUGGCAAGGCAGAGCUCAACAAUUUAGACAUCAAGCAGAGUGCCUUGGAGGAACUGCAGCUGCCCAUCCGCCCUGUUUAUGGACACCUUGACAAACUGCGUCUGGUGAUACCAUGGAACAACCUGUUUGCCGGGGUGUGGGAGGCUCACGUAUCAGGGGUGAUGCUGCUAGUGGCCCCAAACACGUCCAUCACCUACGACAAAGACAAGGAAGAGAAGCUUCUGCAUCAGGCCAAAAUGGCAAUGCUGGAGAAGAUAGAAUUGGCGCAGGCAAAGGCUGCCGCAGGGGCGGCCGCCAAUAAGGCGACCACACCCGCAGACGACGGUUACCUGGAGAAGCUCAUCGCACAGGUCGUCAGGAACAUCCAAGUGACCAUCACUGAUGUGCACGUCAGAUACGAAGACAAUAUCAGCACUCCAGAGCAUCCCUUCUCCUUUGGGGUGACCCUGGCCAGCCUCUCUGUUAUCAGCACUGACAAACACUACACGCAGUGUCUAGACACUGACCGUCUUGUCUAUAAAGAUCCUCCUAGGAUCCGCUCCAGUCUGGCCAUUGCUGACCAUCCAGACGUGAGGCGGGUGGUGAACAACCGAGUCCUCAUAAAAAUGGAUCCGAAGAAGAAGAAGAAAGUCUGCCACCACCAUCGUAAGAGUUUGUUCAGUACAGAGCUCAAUCCUCCAGAAGAUUCAAAUUGA